UAUAAGGGACCAUUUUGCAAUGUUCUACUCUAGAAAAUAGCAGAAGAAAAGUGUUGAGAGAAUCACCAGAAAAGUCGAUGUCGAUUCUGUGGGAGAAGAGUGGAACAUGGCGGUGGUUAGUGAGGAGAACGAAGGAAUCGAAGCCGUUCUUCAUCGGAUUCGCCACCGUUUGCGGCGUCAUUCCGGGGAUUAUUGGUUUCUGCGUUAUGUCAGCCACCAAUACUCGCAGUCCUGAACUUGAAGCCAAACUCCGGAAGAACGCUCGCCCCGAUACCCUAAUGAUGGGUAAAGUUAAUAAAGAGAGGUUGGCUGAGUACCUCGGUGAACUGCAGAGAAAGGAGAACACAAAUGACAGAUAUGUUGCAGCUUUAAAGGGUGAAACGUUGACAAGGAAACCUUACCAAAGAAUUCAACCAGUCCCAAAUCCAAGUGAUAUUGAAGCAAAGAAGGAACAGAAGUAGAUCGCGGCUUAGCCUGUUUUGUUGCUUUAGUUUGGUACUUCUACUUUUCCAAGUGGAUAAAGCUUUGGAAUGGAGUCAUGGACACAACAGGAGUAUUUGCUAAAUAUCUUGAAACUUGUACAAGUAAAUUUUGAAGAUUGACCUUUGUUGAAUGAGUGAAAUCUUAUUGAAGUUUAAAUAACCAUACCUUAGUUCUAGCGCGAAUAACCUAGUUUACAUGCAUUGCGAUAUUGUGUUAUGCGUGCAAGGAUUUGUUGUACUUGAUUACUAUAUAUAUCCAAGAUGUAGUAUGAAAGUGCAAUUCAAGUGAAUAUUUUCUUAUGUAAACCAAAAUUUUGAAAUUCAGCUCCUCCUUUCGUUCUGUUCCCUAGUUUCACAAGACAAAGGUCAAUUCUUUUGAUAGCACAUGAUAAGAAAUUUAUACAUUCAGGCAUUAAAAUAUAACACAUUCAGUAUACAAGACAAGUUCUCCAGAUUAAACUUUCAAAUAUCCAAAACAAUACUGAAAACUGUGGUUCUUUAAUACCUUAUUCUCUGACCAAAUUUAAAAGAAAAAAAAAACAGAGCCAAAUAGUACACAUUCACAUGAUGGAGAA